AUUUACAUUGUUUUGUUUGCUUGAUUACCGUAUAGCUGCUUGAGGUUCAGAGUCCAGGUGAAAAGGCACGCGAACUGCGAGGCUGUUGUUCAGCUAGGGUGCCUCCACAAGUUCUAAACAGUGUCAUUGCUUUGCUUCCUAGCAAACGUGUAUAUUAGCAGCAGGAGUACCAGCGGAAACGAGGAGCGUUGAACACCCGAUCCAUCAGCAAGGACGUUGCGUUGUGUACUAUGUCCUGCCCACUCUCAUACCCAGACAAGUUUCACGCAGCUGCGCGGUUCUGGCACCUGCAGCUCCCAGGCACCAAGGCGUUCUCGCAGGAGAACCAGCUCCUGCUGUAUUCCCUGAACCAGCAGGCCACGCACGGGCCUAACACCACCUCGCGGCCAUGGGGCUGGAACACGGUCGAGGCUACUAAGUGGCAGGGCUGGAAGGAGCUGGGCAAGAUGAGCGCCAUGGAGGCCAUGCGCCUGUUUGUAAAGUCGCUGGACGAGGAGCAGCCCGACUGGUGGCCGCUGCUGCAGGCGGCAGACGCCAAGGCGGCUGCCGGUGGCUCAGCUGCGGCUGAGGCCGCCGCCACCACCCGCUCGGUGCCGGAGCGCUCCGUGCUGGGCCUAUGGACGCAGUUGGAGAUGCCGGCAGCCGAUAAGAAGCCAGCGCCGCGGUAUGAGGCCGCGGCGGCGGUUGUGGGCAACGCCAUGUACGUGCUGGGCGGCAACUACGGCGGCCGCUACCUGUCUGACGUGUGGGCGCUGGACCUCACCAGCGGCACCUGGUCCGCCGUGCCGCUGGCCCGGCCGGCUGAGGAGGGCGGCAGCAGCGGCGGCGCUGCCCCUGCCCCGGCAGCGGCCAGCGGCAGCGGCAGCGGCUUCCCGCCCACUGCCGGCCACUCGGUCACGGCCUGGAACGGCAAGCUGUACGUGCUGGGCGGCCACACCAAGGCCAAGGGCGCUGCCACCAUGUCGCUGCGGGUGGUGGACCCGGCGGCGCGCACCGUCACGGAGCCGGAGGCCAGCGGCACCGUGCCGCCCGCACGGGGUGGCCACACGGCCACGCUGAUUGGCGACAAGGUGUGGGUGUUUGGCGGCGAGGACGGCAGCCGGCGGGCGCUGGCGGACGUGUUCGUGCUGGACCUGGCCUCGCUCACCUGGAGCACACCCGAGGUGUCUGGCAAGGCGCCGCCGCCGCGCUCCGCCAGCUGUGCCACCGUGUACCAGGACCGCUACCUGGUGGCGUUCGGAGGCGGCUCCGUGGCCACGUGCUACAGUGACGUCCACGUGCUGGACACCGAGACCCUGACCUGGUCGCAGCCGGCGCAGGCGGGCGCCAAGGUGUCCCCGCGCGCCGGCCACAGCGGCGCCGUGCUGGGCGACAUCUGGUACAUUGUGGGUGGCGGCAACAACGUCAAGGGCUGCGCCGACCUGCUGGCGGCGGACCUGGCGGCGCUGCCCACAUCCAACACACUCACCUGGCACGUCGUCACCUCGGUGGCCAUACGGGACCCGCUCAGCAGCGAGGGCAUCAGCUUGGUAAUGGUGCAGCAGCCGCGUGUGCUGGUUGCCUUUGGCGGCUACAACGGCAAGUACCAGAAUGCGGUGUCGCUGUUCCGCGCACCCAUGGGCUCAGCAGCACUGCUGGCGGGGCCGCUGGCCUCCGCCGCCAACGCCGUUGAGGAGCGCAAGGCAGCGCAAGUAGCCUCCGCGCCGGCGGUGGCUGCGGACCAGGGGGUCGUGGCGGCGGCCGCGCCGCCCAACGCGAAUGGCGCUGCGCCCGCGGCGGCGGGCGGCAAGGCGCCGGCGGCGCCGGCGCCGGCGCAGCCGGCGGCAGCGGCAGGCGGCGGCAAAGUGUCUGCUGCGCCAAGUGCAGACCUAAGCGCGGCGGCGUCCUCUGUGGCGCUGGUGUCGGAGCUGCGGCAGCAGGCGGCAGAGCUCAAGGCGCAGCUGGAGGGUGCACGGCGGGAGGCGGAGAGCGCGAUCAGGGAGAGUGCGGCCGCCAAGGAGGGCGCGGCACACGAGCUCGCGCUGCUGCGGAAGCAACUCGCCACGGCGCAGGGAUCGCUGGCGGAGGCGAAUAAGGCGCUGGACGACACGCGGGCGGCCCUGGGCUCGGAGCAGGCCAAGGUCCUCAAGUUGGAGGCACAGUCGGCGGAGCUGCAGGCCAAGCUGGGCUCCAUGGCGGAGCUGGAGCGCGAGCUGGACAAGUACCGCCGCGCGGCGCGGGAGGCGGCGGAGAAGGAGGCUGCGGCUAAGAAGAGCAGCGGCCUGUGGGGUUACAUCGCGGGCAGCGGCAGCUCAUGAGCAGGAUUGGGGUAACGACGUAAUGUGCAGUCCGGGCAUGCGGGUUCGCGGGGAUGUUUGGAUGAGGGGAGCGGGAUAGGGCAGUGCGUUGUCAUAGCUGAGGGUGUUCCGUAACACUGGUUUAGAGAGAGGAAGAGGGCAAUGGCAACCCGCUAAUGGAAGAGGCUAGUACAAUGUGGUGCAAGACACGUGGAGCCGGCUUCGCUCAUUGGGUCUUGGCCAGUGUUUUGUUUUAACGGAUCCGU